ACCUUCGCUCAAGGCAAAAGGCUUCAGUGCAGGGUGCCCUUCCUUUCCAAAAAUGCCUAUGAGUUUAAUUAAACUUCUUGAAUAAACCAGUUGGCGGGAGACACCUCCUCAUCAGUUUGUUGACUCUGCAAUUCCAAGUGAAGAUGGGUGUCUUAGGUGUAUUAAUCCUCCCACUGCUUGUGGUUGUAAUCAGUGGGGUUGUAUAUAUUUAUCGGACAGUAAUUCAGAUGAUGUCAAAAUCUGCUGUGCGGAGUAAAGUUGUAGUGAUCACGGAUGCUCUGUCUGGUGUGGGCAAAGAAUGCUCACACGUAUUUCACGCAGGUGGAGCCAGGCUAGUUCUAUGUGGUAAACACUUGGACAAUUUAGAAGCUCUCUAUGAUUCUUUAACCAGUGUGGCUGAUCCUACCGCAACAUUUACACCGAAGCUUGUCCUUCUAGAUCUAUCUGAUGUAAACUGUAUUCAAGAUGUGGCUAAAGAAAUCUUGGAUUGCUAUGGAUGUGUGGAUAUACUCAUAAAUAAUGCUAGCACCAAGUUGAAGGGGACAGUACACAAUGUCUCACUGGAACUUGACAAAAAGAUUAUGGAUGCCAACUAUUUCGGACCUAUAACACUCACCAAAGCUCUUAUUCCCAACAUGAUCUCCAGGAGAACUGGUCAAGUUAUAUUAGUCAACAAUAUCCAGGGGAAAGUUGGAGUCCCUUUUCGUGCAGCCUAUGCUGCUUCAAAGCACGCUGCUCUCGGGUUCUUUGAUUGCCUGAGGGCAGAACUGCAGGAGUUUGGUGUUUGUGUCAGUACUGUGACUCCAAGUUUCAUACGCUCAUACAGUGUUCAACCACAGCCUAGCAACUGGGAAUCCUCCGUGUGGAAAUUCCUUUGCAGAAAACUGGCCUAUGGUGUCCAUCCAACUGAAGUUGCAGAUGAAAUUCUGAGAACAGUGAACAGGAAGAAACAGGAGGUGUUCAUGGCAAAUCCUAUUGCAAAGGCAGCUGUUUACAUACGCACCUUCUUUCCAGAGUUAUUUUUUGCUGUUGUUGCUGCAGGAGUUAAAGAAAAACAGAAAAUAGAAGAUGAAAAGUGAUUGCAUUUAGCCCAUCUACCUUGGCAAUAGUGUUGCCAGAAGCUCUUUAUUUUAUGGAGAGAACUACCGAGAAGCUCAGAGCAGGGGCAAAUGAUUGGGUCCCAGAAGAAAUGGCAAAAGAUUUCUGAAGAUCUGGAGGCAGUGGAGUUGGGAAAGUUAGUACACUCCUGGGUGACAACAGAGUGUCUUACCAACCAUCAGAAAUAUCUGUGGUGGUGUUUGGUCUCUUAGAAAUUACAGUUAGAAAAGAGUUAAUAGAAAGUGCAUUUAUUUUAAAAGGGUUUGCUCAGUAUGUUGGCUGUUGUAUUUGGAGUAAUUAUGGAAAGAGACCUAAAUGUGUGAAAGUGUCUUCAAAGUCACCUAUUGACUUAUGCUGAUCCGAAUAGUUGUGUGGGGUUUUCUUUGGCAGGGAAUACUCUGAGCAGGUUUUGCCCGUUCCUUCUUUUGAAUAUAGCCAACAGCAUUAGGUAUUUGUUGGUGGUCUUACAUCCAAGUGUUAACCAGGGUUCACCAUGCUUAGCUUCCAAGAUGAGACAGGUUCUGGUGCCUUAUGGCAAUUAGGCCCCUCAGAAACCUAAUGGGUUGGUUGAAGCACAAUAGGAAAUGAAGAAAUUGUUAAAGAUUAUAGAAGAGAUGUAGUUGAAUUAAUGUAUGGUGUUAAUCUGAUUACAAAGUGCUGCUGGACUCAAAACGGGAAUAGAGGGCACAUUCUUGAAUGGAGUGAAAGAGAGCUGGUGUGUCAAUAUUUUAUAUUUUGGUGGUUUAGGUAUCUCUUCUUCCUCCCCAACCCUUUAAAACUCAAAGUUUUUAUAACAGUCUUGAUUUUAGCAAAAAAUAUGGGGUUGGUGGUUCAGGAAGGCAAUACAUCAGUUGUCCUCUUUAGCCUUCUCUGCCAAAAUAGUGCUGAUGCUCAUCACAGCAGAUAAAGUGGUAUCAAGCUGUAUUAAUUAUACAGUUGGACACAAUUAGAUGGUGGGGACUCUCACACAUCACAACAGGAUUCUAUGAUGAAAACAAUAAUAACAAGUAUCACCCAGUAGGCACUAAGGGUGCAUUUGCACUGUAGAAUUAAUGUAGUUUGACACCACUUUAACUACCAGGGCUCAAUGUUAUGGAACCUUCUGAUUUGUAGUUUGAUGAGCAUCAGCACUCUUUCGCAAAAAAAAGUUAAAGACAUUGUAAAACUACUAUUCCAUGAUUCCAUAGCAUUGAGCCAUGGCCGUCAAAGCAUUACUAAUAUGUAGACCAUGGAAGAUUAGGACACAGAUUGGGUCAUCCAACCACCAAUGGCUCAAGUUAUUGAGAAAAAGGAUUGACACACUGUUCCUUGGUAUGGAUGGUAUUCAAAGGCAUUGUGUGUCAGAGUGUAUUACUGGAAUCCUACAGUGCCUUUGAAACUAACUGAAAGAAAAAAACUUUGAAGCAUGAUACCUAUGGAUACCAAGUCCAUGGACAGAUAUUUAUACCAAUGAAAGGGCAGGUUGUGAGUUAAUAUAAAUGGAAAUGCAAGACCUGUAGAUAUGAGGAUGGGGUGACGAGCUCACUUUAAAUGAAAGGAUGCUUAGGAAGAAAGAUGGGAGAAAGCAUAUUACCUAAAGUGAAGAUAAAUAGGUAAAGGUAUGAAUGAGAGGGGAGUUUUUGGAAUGUUGUAUGAUACUGACUUGUGAACAGAAAAUAAUGCAAUAAGUAGGGUGUAAGAGCUUACUAGUGGCUGGGAAGUUGAUUAGUGUUACAAUAUGUUGAGUGGACCAGGAAAUCAUUGCAUCGGUCUAUAGGCUGGAGUUUGUGGAUUAUCCAACAACCUCAUCAGACGGGCUGAUUUGUCCAUCGUAUGCUGCUUCACCUCCUUUUACGGCACAGAGCCCUUCACAUGACGUAAAGGAACUUCUGGCUGGGCCCCAUACCAAAAAGGUACAUGAAGCAGUACCCAUUGGAGCCUUCCCAUAUUGCCUUUCCUUCAGUGGGGGUAAGCCAGGUGGCAAUGCUUCACCCCAUGGGAUGAAGAGCAAGGUAAAACGGGCAUUGUGAGGUAUGGAUUGGCGGCUUUUCCAUGCCCUCACCCCCACCAGGAGCCCAUGGAUUCACCCCAAUGCAAGGUGAAUCCAUGGGCCAUUAUGACAAGGUCCCUAGAGCAUUUCACAGGAAUAAAUAUAGUCAAGCAACAUCAGCUGGCAAAAGCUAUUAAUGAGGAAGAACAUGCAGCUAAGACAUGCUGCUGGACUUUGCUUUUGCAAAAUGUCUGACUAAAAGCGUGAAAUGUUGCCCCCUCAUUUUGUCUCUGUGGAAUAAAUUGAUUGCAAACUGCUUUUGCACUUUGAACUCAGUUUGCAGCAAUUGAAGUAAAAGCACAAAAGGGGGAAGUAAGAAGGGAGGAGACACAUAAGCAGCUGAAAAGCUGGGACAAGAUAGGAUUCACUGGCACUAUUCUUGUCAAAUCAGGAGACUUGGGAGGUAUGGAACAGCCCCCAAACUUUGAAAAGCAAAGCUAUUUUCCCCUCCAUUCCUCCCAUAGAGGGUCCUAAACAUGAUCCUUCUGAUGUUAUCCACUCCUGACACAGGGAAAGGACUCCCACCAUGUAUCGGUGAUUUACAGCAGGAGUCUGAGAUGUCUCUGCACAAGCAUAUAGUGCGAAAGAGAUAGAAGUGAAUGUAUCUUUUUUGAACGUUUAUGGAUGCUCAUGCAAGGGGGGAGGGAGAAGGGGAAGAGGGAAAGCUGAAAUAAAAAACAAUGACUGCUAAGCUUGGAUUUGCUAAAGAAUGCCUGAAUGUUGGUACCCAAAUAGUAGAUGCUACUUGUUACCACUUCCCUCUCCAAAGUGGGGGAGAGGACUAGGAUUGCCAGAGUGAAACCUGGAGAUGUGCCUUGUGCUUUUAAUAGCCGUGGAGAAAAUGGAAUUUCAGAGAUGUUGUUCAAUAUUCAACUUCUUUAUUACACAUCGGCUUUUCAGAUUUUCUCUUCUGUGCAGCCAUUGAAGGGACUCGAUGCUUCUCCCACUUUUGCUCUGGCAUCCUUCAAAACCUUCCCCAACUCCACUGCCUCUUCAUUCACUUCCUCUGGGUUCAUUAGCUUAAAUAUUUCAUCCUUCAGAAAGAGAAACUUCCAGCUCUAAGAACACAGUCACAUUCACGGCUGCAAUUAUGCAAAAUGAUGAAGACACCUGUAUGCACAAUUAUGAAAAACAUGAAAGAAUAUGUAGAUUGCGUCGCCCAUUUUUCUAGAUUUCUGAUCCAGCAACCCUGCCCUGAAGUGAGAUAAAUAAAACACUAGUUUCAAACAUG